GUGUCCUGAAUUUCUCGUCUACAUUUAAGUUUUUAUUUUGUUCAAAAAAACAUCAUCAUUUCGAAAUAAAACCAUCAUUAAUUGCAUUUUAUUUUAAAAAACGAAAAGUAACAAUUUGGUGCUCUUGAGAAAAAAGGAUCCGUUUGACCGAUUUUCACGAAUUUUGUGAAUGGUGAAAAAAGUGUACAUGGCAAAGUGAACGAACGUCUCUAGGUCAUUGAUAUAGCAAAGAAAUGAGUUCGCUCUCGUCUAAAAUAUAAUGAUUUAAUUUUCGUAAUUACAAAACUAAAAACCAACCGGAAUACAAACGAAUUUUUUGAAACAUUUUUUUCUGUCUCUAUCUCUCUGUCACGGACAAAUCUCGAUUUUCGUACAACGAAUUUUGAUACAAAAUUUCAUUCGCAUAUUGUAGUGAUGAAAUCUAAUUUAUUGUAUUAAGUUGCUGCUUUUGGCGACGUACUAAUUAUGACAACAAUAUUGAAGACCGGAGGUCUUCAGCAUGCUCAUUCGCUGGGAAAUAUCGAUACUUCAUCUAAGCAUCGACAUUUUUCUUCGCGAAGCUACGACUCAGAGGAUGAAAGUGUUGGGAGAAAACGUAAUCUCUCGGCACCAUAUCCGAAACCAUCCAUCUACUCGAAGGCAGAUAUUCAAGAGCAGUACUGUUUAUCGGAACGACAGUUGAACACCGUUGAGCCACCGAGACGAGAUGGUUUCUUUGGUUGUUGGUCAAAUCGUGGUAACCAACAAUCAUUUCUCAGUGUUUGCGUGGGUCGUCGUCAUCCAUCUGAUGAAAAUCUUGCCGAUUAUGCACCUUUUCAUAAGUAUCCAAAAUAUCCGCGCACCAACAACAGAAACAUCAUUGAAAAUGAAGACGAAAUCGAAAAUUUUCACUUUCGCCGUCGACCCACGUCCUUUCUCUGCAGCAACGAUCCAAAACGAUUCACAUGGAUGGCUGCUGAAGAGGCUGCCGCUGCCGCAGACGCAUCCAGAGGAUAUCGUUGUCCAUCGCAUGUUGGAACAACAACAUCGGUAACACCUUCAAAUUUAAUGUCAACAGAAAGUGUAUCGGUUGUUCCGCCAAGAACGAAACAUGUGAGUUUUGCCCGUUCGCAUACAUUGACCUCGUUUGAAGAUUUAUCGGUUGACCGUUCUGUAUCACGAUUGAACACAACAAAAAGUCAAGAACGUUUGAUUGGUGGCAAAAAAGUACGAACGUUAACUGAGCAUUUACAUCAUCAUCAUCAAUUACACGGAGACCAUCAGUUUGUGCCAGAUAAACUUCGAACACAACCAAUUUUAACGAAUGCUGCAAAAAUGAAGACCGAUUCGGAUCUAAUUGAAAAGCUUAAACGAAAUGUGAAGAAAACACAGGCCACGCAAACGGACGUGUUUGCAUCGCGCACUCUUUCAUUCAGUAGCAAUAUGUCGAACACAAGUCCGCACAGUGCACAUCGUACUUGCAUCAAUGGCAACAUCCUUGGUCGCAAGCUAACGAAAAGUUUAUCGGAGGCGAUGACUCAAAGAGUGCAGGGUGAUCCAUUGAUAAAUACUUUUCCAAACUACAUAAAUCAUGAGUUAUUACAUCGAACACAGUCGGAGGAACCACCUCGGUCUCCGCAUGAAUUAUUUGAACAGCAGCAACGAUCGAUUUUCAGUACAUUCGAUACGUAUUCACAUCCGAGCGAUUUUGAAAUUUCAAAGAGUGAUAUCUUCAUGUCCGAUCAUCACACACAUUCACGUACCACGUCACAACGUUCAAUCGAUUCGCAUGAUAUUGCCACACUUCAGUCGAACAACAAUUUCAUCGACACUGAUUUGAUAAACACCGGCGGAUGCAUUGAAUUUAUGGAAAAUGCCACUCAAUUGCAUUACGAUUCGAAUAGUUUGCCGCGUCGAAAGUGUUUUUAUCAUACAAAUGAUUAUCAUCAAACGAAUAGUUUACCGAGGCGACCAGCGCAUCAUUAUGAUUUUGAUGGAAAUGAAACCACAACCGAUGCGGUUGAAGGAAUCAACGCCGGUUUGGCACAAUUUCGUGCACAUGGAACAUUUUCGCUGGAAAGUAAUGCCAGUUCAAAUCAAAGUGUUGAUUUGACGAAACGAAGGUACUCUUGUGCCAUACCAGAAACACUGCGUCAUUUGAAUGGAAGCGACUUUGAAGAUUUGCAAUCGAUUGUGCGUCGCAAUUCAAUCAAUAUAUUCUAUAAUCGAGCACAGUCGGAUGAUGACGACGAUGAUGAUGAGGAAUCCGAAUCGGAUGAAUACUGUUCCACAUGCGGUGAUUCGGAUGAAGAGGAAGACGAUGAAUCGAAAGAUGAAAAAGAAAUCUUUAUCGAUUUCAAGCCAAGUGUGUCUCCGCCCCAAAGUCCGUACGGACGCAAUGGUCGCUUGCAGAAAACAAUGUCGGAGGGUGAAAUAAUGUUAGACAAACGACGAGAAAUCAAUCACAACGAUGUACCAAUUGUAUCAACGAGCGAAGAAGAUCUUAAAGUUCCCGAUAAUGACAACGAACGCUAUUCAUACAGUCCAUUUCCAAUAAAAGAUGAAAGUGCUUGCGAUAAGGAUACAUUUUUGAAAUUGCCCAAAGAAAAAACAGUGCAUGGAAAAAAUCGACGCGAAGCAUUCAUAAAGCGUUCCGUUAGCUUAGAACAAUCAGCACUCGAUGAUAAUGAGAGCGGUAAGUCUGGCGAUUCAAAACCAGCGUCGCCAGUUGAUAAAUACAAAGACAUAUCAACGUUUCCCUCAUCCGACUCUUUGGUCAACGAUUUAGCGCGAGAUCAUUCCGACGGUAAUUCACAUGGCAAUUGGAAUGAAUCUCAAGUUACCGUUCUUCAAAUCGAUCCAAACGUAUCUGAAUGCGGAAAAACACUACUUACUCCAAGUGAAAAGCGCAAAAAUCUUAUAUUACAACAUCAGCAACGAAGUUCAAUGGAUACAGAAGCCAUCGAAAUAGAGGAACAUUCAUAUGACCAGAAUCUAAGAACACCAACGAUAUCCAUACCGCAAGCACAUAGUCCGUCACGUGUUACAUUCGAAACAUUACGUAGAUCAUCCGCAACAAUACCGACGAAUAUGCCGUCAAUUGCUGUUACUCCAUCUGCUUCAACAACCCAUGACGAUGAUGUGAGCAACGAACAUGUUGAAGUGUUUCAAACGCCAACGAUUAAACUCGGUUCCAUACGAAGUGGAGAUAUUCGUCGCAAGAGUGCUGACCCAAUCGAACCAAUCUAUUCAAAUGUAGUCAGCGAACUACAAAGGGCUGCUCCAAUAGUAAAAUCAUCGUCCGACCAGCAACCAUUCGUUCAUCAUUCCGAUACGCGUCGAGCGACCGAUAUGUCCGAAGGUAGUACAAACACAGAUGACUACAUAACAUGCACCGAUGCAUUAUCGAAACGAGUUGCUGCCCAAACUGGUUCACAAACAUUAACACAAAAUGGUUCAUCAUUUGAAAGUGCAUCGUCCAUUUAUAGUUUGGCUCGAGUGGAAAAUAUUUGCGAAGAUGCGCCAACAACAACAACAGCCGAAGAUUCGUUAUCGUUGCCACCACAACCGUCUGUAAAACCAUCUCCGUCCCAUUCCAUCAGCAGUAGUUCGUCCGGAAGCUACUUUAAUGGUAAAAAAGCGAUUAAAUCAACAUCACCACGAAAUAGUGUCGUUAUACAACAGCCCAUUGCCACAACUUCAAAACAAACAACCGAAUCCAUUUCGGACGAUGAGAAAAGUGAAAAACGAUACUCUUCAUCGGGCUAUUAUGAAAGUCCACAUGAUGAUGAACAUCCAUGUCGAAUGCGAAAACAACGUGACUGGAAUGAGGAUGAUCGACGCCGUCGAAAAGAAAAAAUGCGAUUGGAUAUUGAAAAGGAAAAUAUGAAAUCAUUGACAUCACCGACCAAAAAACCAAUUUGCUUCAAACGCAUUUCACCCGAUGAUCGAACUGCUUUGCAUAUUUUGGAUGGCACAUCACAAGCAAAAACAAAACGAAUCAGACCGAAAACACGACGUUCGCCAAGAGCUCGAAAUCCAAAUGAAGAUCCAAUAACUCGAAAAGUUAAAACGCCAACAGUCGCCGGAUCUGAACGUGUGACAGAUGAAAAAACCGACAAUAGAACUAUCCCGUCCAAAUACACACAACCAUCAUUAUCGCCAUCGAAAAAAACGUCGCCGAAAAAACGAACUGAUCCACCGUCAGAAACGCGGCUCAAAGCACUCUCAACUUCUCAACUCUCAUUACGAUCGGUUUCACCCGGAUCGGAUUCCGUAUUCUACAGCGAAGUUGAUGUCCAUUGUCAUCAUUGUGGAAAAGAAGUGGAGAUUAUUGCAGCAAUCGAUGAUACGUUGGGUCAAGAAGAGGUGUCGGCCAAUAUUGUUAUGCCUCCGGCAGACUUUGCCGAUUCACCAGAAGGUACACGUCAACCGCACAGAAUGUAUAAGAAGUUUGACCGUCGGCUUCGAUCCGAGGAAAGGCACGGCGAACGAAAACACUAUCGAAUUCGUCAGGAGAGUGCACGAGCUAAGAGCGAAGAGCGUGGAAAAGACGAUGUAAAUAAGGAGCAAUCACUUCGAACGGCCGGCUCAAGUCCAUGUGUUGUUGUCGAGAAUUCAUUUACUUUUCGCAAUAAUUAUUCGGAUUUGGAGCAAGGUGUCUAUCAGGGUUUGUAUCGACAUGGCAUUUGGAUUCAGCUCACUGAACGUGAAGUCUGGUAUCGAAGCAAGGAACGAACUAAAGAUGUGGGUGAUCGUCGAACCGAAGUGGAGAAAGAUUUCCAGAAAAAAUAUCAAAAUCUAACGCAUCGAUUGGUGCAUCGUAAAACGUGUGGUGAAAUGUAUCGUCUUCAGUCUCUUAAUUCAUUUCAUACCGACAAAACGGUAAUUGUACAUCGCAAACCAAAUGGCGAAUUCGGCUUUCGAAUACAUGGCUCAAAGCCAGUUGUCAUCUCUUCAAUUGAACCAGAAACACCGGCUCGAUCAAGUGGCUUGGAGAUUGGUGAUAUCAUUUUGUCGGUCAAUGGUGUACCGGUUGUUGAUAAAAAGCAUUCAGAUGUCGUUGAUAUUGCUCAUGCUGGCAGUGAAGUUUUAGAGCUUGAGGUUGCUCGUACAUUUGAUCUAGCCACCGAAGCACUCGAAACACCGAAUUCAUAUUUGUAUUCCGGAUACUUAUGGCGGCAAGGAGAGGAUAAUCAAGUUGGUAGCAAAAAAUGGAUCCGACGUUGGUUUUGCUUGCGACCAGAUCACUCUUUAUAUUACUUUAAAUCAGAUCAGGAAUUUCAACCGGUCGGUUUUAUUUUGCUAACAAAUCAUACGGUUGAAAGUUGUGCUGCUGAUGUUGGUAAACCAUUUGCCUUUUGCAUUUCGUCACCUGAAGGGCCACCAAUCUAUUUGGCAGCCGAUACUCAAGAGGCAGCUAGUCGUUGGUUGGCCGUCACAAGUCAUGCAAGUGCACAGAGUGAUCAAUGGCUGGAGACAAGCACCCGAAAUAUGCGAUUACCACCAAACAGUAUUCUGCGUCCAGAUUGGGCUGGUUUUCUGCAUAAAUUGGGAAGCCGAUGGAGAACAUGGUCAAAACGGUAUUGUGUGCUCAAAGAUGCUUGUUUGUACUUUUAUUUGGAUAGCAACAGCAAAACUCCACAGGGGAUGGUAUGUUUGCAAGGAUAUCACAUUGUAAUACCAAAUGUUUCCGUUGGCCGAAAGUAUGCAUUUGAAUUAUCGCCACCAGAGUCAAAGCUACGUGCCUAUUGCUUUAGCGCUGAUUCGGACAUGGAGAAGAAAAGAUGGAUCGCUGCACUGGAGUACUCAAUUGAUCGAUGGUUAAAGGCAUCCUAAGUUAUUGUAAUAUCAAUUUAAAGUGCAAUUCAGCAUCAAGACUCUUGAGUUUAUGUGAUUACUGUAACCAACAGUGAUCGUUAAACAAACCACAAGCACUUAUGAUAAAAAAGCAUGAAUAUAUAUUAUAUUUCAACUAGACUAGACCAAAAAAAAAAUUAGGUUUUCGAAAAAACGAAAAAAAGCUUUCCCAUAUUUUCUGUGGUCGUUCAUUAAAAAAACCAACAUCAACACUAAACAUUGUCCAGAUGAUUUUGAAUUCACUGAAAAUGGGACUAUGGUAGUUAGUUUUAUUAGAUAUACCUUAUAAAUUAAUCUAUACUGAUUUCAGUUAAACUGAAUCUAUCCACUUGAAUGUUAAUCAUUUAGUUAAAUUAUAAUGUAUCUGUCACCAAAAAUACUAUAUUAUUAAGAAUGUGUCGCCCAAAUGGUAAUGAUAUCGUGAUUUUAUCGAAGAGAAGAAAAAAAACCACAAAAAAGCAGAGUUUUUAAUUUUACUGCAAAUAUAUUAUUCAAGUCGUCGACAGAGCGAGUCUAUGAGCCGCAUACAUAUUUUGUGCCAAAUCUUAUGUGUUACUAUUUCGGUCAACAAACAAAUGUUCACACAGUGUCGAAAGUGUGAAAGAAAGUUAUUUUUCGUUUCAUUCUAUAACUAAAUAUAUUUCAAUGCUUUAAAAUUGUUGAAUCUCAUUUUUGUAGUAUAUUCAAAUCAACAUUUAUUUUAAUCGUUAUUUCUUGAGAAGACAUUUAUUACGAUUCAUCUAAAAUUAAUCAAAACGUAAUGGUUUUAAUCAAAAUUAUUGAAAUUAAUUUUUAUGUAUUUGCCCCCCGCCGAGUGGAGUAUAUAUUACAAUGCACAAAUGUGUUUUUUUAGAUAUACAUUUAUUUAUACAAAAUCAUAUUUUGAUGAAUCAAAUUACCAAUAUAUAUAUAUUUUGCUGUAUCAGUUCUUGUUGAAACCAUUUGCCAAUUCUAAUGAAAUCAAGUUCUAAACUGUACGAUUUAUUGGAAUAAAACCAAGUACAGACCAUUAUAAUAUGCAUAUUAAGAUGCGGAAAAUAUGAUGCAAUUCAUUUUGAUUUUUGAAUUUGGAUAUUUUGAAAGACAUUAACUUUGUUAAUACGAUAACAAAGAGUAGAAAAUAAAACCCGAUCAUUACAGAUAUAAAUGUGUUAUUUACCGUAAAACUGUUUAUCUAUUAUAAUAUCUAUAGAGCAUGCAAAAUGGGAUGAUCUAGUCGUUGAAUGAGUAAUUUACGCUGUCUUUCAUGCAUGCCUCAUGUGUGUGCGUGUCUUAUGAAAAUGACUGAUGGAAAAUCUGUGCUUGAAGCGAUUAAUUGAUGAAAUGAAAAUGACAAAACCACAUGAAUUAUUAUGCAUUCAUUUUAAUUGAAUUUGUCGAAGGAAAACAUCUACCAAUAUUAUAAACUAUUCUAAUCGAUCCCCCACAAGUAACAGUCUCCCCCUUAGAAUGUCAUGCCAAAUAGAUGUUCACCUUUUCAAAUAAUCUCUUUUAUUUUCAACGAUUAGGCUCUCUGUGUAGCAUUUAAGUCACACUAAAUCACUGCCAACUUCACACUCACACUCUAAAAUACCAAAAAACAUAGAUGAAUAAAAAAAAAUGAAUCGCGAUUAAAGCGAUCAUAUUAAUAUGAUUCUCCGAACAAAUUAUUUCGAAUGGAGACUAAAAAAAAAACAAAGUGACCAAUUAUUCCAAAUUCCUCAUUUACACAUUUGAAAACAGAAAAUUCAAAUAAAAAAAAGCAACAACAACGUAUUCGAUAUAUUUGUUUAAUGCAUACGAACCGAAAAUAGUUUUC